AGGUUUAUAGUGUAAUAACUUGUAUAAUCAUUCAAAAAUGAAGCUGUUAAUAGGUUUUGCGUUAGUAGCGAUGGCGUCGGCCGCCAACGUCAGUGUUGCGACGAACAAAGCAACAAAGCUCCAGCAACAAAGUUGUUUCUAUGACAACGCCAGCAUGUCCGACACCGUAUCUACGGACCUAUCCGGCAUCGCGGAUUUCAGCUUGUCGCUGUUCAAAGUACUUUUCCCGUACAACGAGGCGGAGAAUUUCUUCUUCUCGCCAUACAGCAUCUGGAGUGCUCUGGCCCUGGCGUAUUUCGGAUCUCAAGGCUCCACUGAAAAACAACUUCGUCAGGCUCUUGGAGUCAAAGAUAAAGUUGACACUCUCAGGAAGUGGAGAGAACUCGAGUUCCUUUACAAGAUGCGCAGCCUGAACAAGAGCGACUACACCCUGAACCUGGCAAACCGCGCAUACUUCGACAAAGCCGUCAAACUCAACCCCUGCCUCGAGAAGGUCCUCAGCAGCGAGCUCGUCGUCGCCGACCUCAGCGACGCUUCAAUGGCGUCUCAAAUCAACAAGUGGGUAUCGGACACAACCAAAGGCCACAUCAAAGACCUGGUGACGUCAGGGGAUCUGUCCAACAGCAACAUGGUGCUCGCCAACGCUGCGUUCUUCAAGGGCACGUGGCUCUACCAGUUCAAGAAGGACAAGACUCUCAAACGCCUCUUCUACACCAACGACACUGACAUCGCCUUCGUCGACAUGAUGGUGCAGAAGGGCAACUUCAGGCACACGAAGUCAGAGGAGCUCGGCGCGCACGUGUUGGAGCUUCCCUACACGGGGGAGUCCAUCUCCAUGAUCAUCCUGCUGCCGCCCUUCAUCUCGGGCGAUAAGGGCUUCGACGCGAUGGUGGGGCGCCUCAACUCCACCACUCUCGGCAACGCCAUCGCCGACCUCUGGCGCAACGAAGUCGAAGUCUCGCUGCCUAAGUUCUCGCUCGAACAAUCGGUUGGCGACGAACUUAUGGAUGCACUGACGAAGAUGGGCGUGACUGACUUGUUCGACCGCUCGCUGGCCAACCUGACCGACUUCUCCGCCGACGAGCCGCUCAGCGUGGGCAAGAGCAUUCACAAGGCCUUCGUCGAGGUGUCGGAGGAGGGCACAGAAGCCGCUGCCGCCACCGCCCUCAUCUCCUUCAGAUCUGCGCGCCCAGCCGGCCCCUCGAAGUUCGAGUGCAACCACCCGUUCCUGUUCAUCAUCCACGACAACGUCACGAAGAACAUCCUCUUCAUGGGCGCCUACAAGUCCCCUAAGAAGGCCGGCAAGUCCAAGAAGGUCUAAAAAUGUUGUUCCUUUCUUCAUAGCUUUAGCUAAAUAUGUAGCCUGCUAUUCUUUAAGUUUAGUUCAGCGUGUUUGCUUUGAUGGGUUUGAGGUGAACUGGAUUGCAGUCCCUCUUGUUGAUUGUUAGUCCCAGAGGGAGUAGGAGUGAACUGUAAAACGCGGUUGUAAGGAAUGUAGUUUUAGUUCAGAUAAUAAAUUUUUUCAGUUCCUCGGCUCAUCUUAGACUAAGAACUUGAAUGGCUGCUUCAUUUUUGUUUCGAACUUCUAAAGAGGUUUCAGUUGGCAACAUGAAAACUAUAGCUUGAAUAUUAGUGUGCAAGUACAGUGAUUGGAUAGAAUAUAAAAUUGGGUGUUUGAAGUUAGGAAAUAUCGUCAUGUACGGUUGUGCUACAAGCUAGUGAAUGAUAUGAAACAGCAAGCUGCGCACUCUUGGUCUACUGACCUCAAUAAUUAAACGACUUAGCGGAACCACUGUAUCAAGUGUUGAAAAUGUAACAAAUAAAUCGAUCUAGUAAUUAUAUUAUAAGACUUCGGCCGAAAUGCCCUGUCGGUAUCGAAUCAUACUUGUUGCACUAGCCUCAACUAGAACUACUAUGAACUAAUUCAGAGGUCAUCUGAAUCUUUAGCCUCCGUAUGCGUACUAUAUUAAUAAGCACCAACUAGUAGAUAUGAAAAUGUGAUGAACCUAGUACUGCACCUGGAAAUCAACAUGAUGGGUAGCGCACUCGAAGUUUUUCGAAUAAACAUGGAGAUAUCACAAAUACCAACAUACGAUAGAUUUAUCCCAUUGAUUGUUUUUACAACUGUGUACUGGCUUCUAACUUAUUCUUUGUUAUUGCUUUGUUGUAAAUAUUUCCCUCGAACAAACUAUCGCAAGACUGAUUGUUUUAGGUAUCUGACGUACAUUUUACCGGCCAAUAAAAUUGUAUUUUAUU